AUGACUCCUAUAUCUCCCUCUCUCCCUGUCAUCAUCGUGGGCGCGGGUAUGGUGGGAUUGACUCUCGCCCAAGCACUCAAAAAAGCCGGCAUUCCUUACAAAAUCUACGAACGUGACAGCUCAUACGAUACAGAGAAAGGGCGUGGGUGGGCUCUCACAGUGCACUGGGCACUCGCUGCCCUGGAAGAAUGUCUUCCUGUAGAGCUUUUCGAUCGCCUCGAGUCGAUCCAGGUGGAUCCCACCCUCAGUGACACUCGGCGCUUCUGCUUCAUCGACCUGGCGACCGGUAAACCAAAAUAUGUGAUACCACCAACAAAGCGUCACCGUGUCAACCGCCGCCUUCUCGGCAACCUGCUUGGCGAAGGCAUUGACAUCAUCUACAACAAAACACUUGCCCGUUUCGACGCCAAGGAGGACAGGGUCGAAGUACACUUCACAGAUAGCACGUCAACUAAUGGAUGUCUCCUCGUCGGCACCGACGGACGUAAUAGUAAAACCCGUCGUCUUCUUCUCGGUGAGAAACUCGGCGGUGUCAACCCACUUCCUGUUCGCAGCCUCGGCGCAACAAUCACCAUGACCCCAGAGGAAUUCGCUCCAAUUCGUACAAUCGACCCCCUGCUCUUCCAAGGUACUCAUCCAGACACGGGUGUCUACAUGUGGUUCUCUCUCGUUUCCAGUCCCACAAUCAACGGCAGCCUUGAAACGCAAACACCCUAUUAUGAGGGUCAGUUGAUUCAGUCCUGGUUACACAGGAGUGAAGCCAAUAAGGUGCCGGAAACGAAUCAAGAGCGACUCACGGUGUUCAAGCGAAAUGCGCAUAGCUUUGAUCACCGUCUGCGAGAUGCCGUGUUAUCCCUUCCAAGUGACACCAGCAUACUUGAAAUCAAGCUAGUCGAUUGGGUGCCCGUGCGGUGGGAUAAUCAAAACGGCCAUGUCACGGUCGCUGGGGACGGCGCACAUGCAAUGACAUCUUAUCGGGGCGAGGCGUUCAAUCACGGAGUCGCCGAUGCGGCGGUUUUAAGCAGAAACAUUAUUUCGGCGUGGAAGUCGUUGGAUCCGCAAAACACUUUGCAGCGUGCAGUGGGUAGAUACGAGGAGGAGAUGCGCGCUCGCACAUCGGACGCCGUGCUGCUGAGUACGCAGGCUUGUUUGGAGGCGCAUAAUCUGCAUGCUCUGCAGGCUGAUAGCCCAUGUGUGAGUAGAAGGGCGAAAGUGGCCAAGGAAGCAAGAGAGGCAAGAGCCCAGGCUCGGCUCGAGAUGGUUGCCUAA